CGUAUUAUACAGGGUUUCACGCACCUGCCAACCGAUGGAAAAACGCCCAAUGACUCUGAUGAAAGCGUCAAAAUGGCGGGGAUCAAUCGCGUUGGAUCCCCAAUGGAUCUUAUAGACGAAAGUUUUGAACAAUCGAAGGAGAAACUUGAACAGAAAAAGAAGUCACUUAUAAUAGAGCAACGUGCAAAGUCUCCAUUUUUGAUUGGCUCUAUCGAAGAAGUGAAUAAGAAGAUAAGUAAAUUAGACAGAAAGUUACAGAGGUACACCCAGCUUGUAGUGGAGAGUAGGGCUUCAGAUAAUCAGGAAGAACAACUUCUUCGUAGUGACAGACCAAGAAGUUCUGUAGGAAGAGCGAUUAUAGAAAGGAAAGAGAGAGAACAGAAAGAAUUAAACAGAUUUGCAGGAUACUACACCCUUAAGCAGACAUUUUUACCUGGAAGAAGUGAAAGAGUGAAAAACAUAUCAAAGAUAAGUUUAUCUCCAAGUAAAACACAGGCCAAAAAAGAUACAGGCAAACCAAAGUUUGUUGAGUUACAUCAAUAUCCGGGUUAUGACCCUACAGAACUAUCAGAUCUACCUGAUGAAAUACCUGCCAGAGAAAUGCUGAAGAAAGCAGCGUCUGCAACCAUGGACCUUGGUAGAAAACCCCAGUAUCGUCCUGACUUUGAACAAUGGUUUUAUUCUCCAAUGUCCCAAGCUGUGUUUCAGGACAUAUUUUGGUACCUAUUCCUAGAGAAGUUUCAGGCCAGUAAGAAUGCUCAAAUCAAAUUGUUUAACAGAACUGCCUUUAAUUAUGUGAAGCUAAUGUGGUAUGUCAAAAACCCUGCCUACAGAGAUGUAUUCUUUAAGGAUUAUCCAAGUCUAAUAUCUCAGGCAGUAUAUGCAGCAUAUUGUCACUGUUUCCCGGAUUCUUAUCGUCAAUUUGGGGAAGAUUUCAAAGAAGACCUAGCAAGUUUAGUGUAUGGAUGGAUAGCAGGUAUAAAGCCAGCACCAAGGAUAUGGUUGAAAUGGAACAUGGAGAAACUAGAACCUCCAAACAUCAAAAUGAGGGAGGAAAUAAUGAAUGCCACAAAGAAAAAAUCAUCAACAUCAGUUAACUUUGACUUCUUGGAUUCUCUCAUCUCCAGUAACAUCAGUAGAUAUGCCUCAUCAGCAUCUCUGUCUCAGACAGCCUCCAAUCUGUCGGCCCACUCUAGACGUACAAGAGGUAGGAGAAAGGGCAAGAUGUCCAAGGACAGUUCGGACAAACGAAGUGGGUCAAGUAAAGUACCAUCAUCAUCAGCGUCCUCUUCAUCACAUGAUGGCAAAUUAGCAGAGAUUGCUGAAGUUAAACCAAUUACCAGCAGUCCUCACAAACGAGGAAAACAGCCAAAACCUGUAGAUCCACGUAAACUGGUAGAGGCAUUGACUCCUAUAAGGGAGACAACUUUUGAAGAGUAUGAUGAUUCACAGCGAGAUAAGAUGGAGAGCCAAUCAGAGCAAGUCAUCAAAAUGAUGGCCGCAGCUCACAAGGAACCAAAACCUAAGGAGGAGUCCCAUCCGGCAUGUAAAGGGGCAGACACUACCAAGUCAUUGUACAACUUGUACGGACAGAGCCCCCUAGUGGCUCAUUUUCUACGUGUGAAAAAUCUUACACGAGAUGCUGGACAAGUGUUCCUGGUACAGAGAACAGAGGAACAAAAUUUACCUCCAUUAGGUGCCCCUACAUACAAAGAUGUGAUACGAGAAAGUUUCAAGAAAGUUAGAGAUCAGGAGAAACAAUAUCAGGAGAUGUAUGAUAGAGCUCAGAAGGACAGUUUAACAUUUAGCAGACGACAGAGACAUAUGCUACAGGAUCAUUUAAGGAAGCAGACGUCACUUCUUAAUCAACCAAAUGAGGUGAAGCGACUUAGUGACCUACUUAUGCUGGAGUUCAGGUAUGAUAAGAAAGAUGCAGAUUGUAAGGAUUCUGUUGUGUUAGUUAACAGAACAUUAGAGAGAGUGAAAAAUAUGUGAUUUAAUGAACACUCUAUUACAAUGAUAGGUAAAAUAGUUGAUAAUUCUGGUUUGUGUUAUCUUUUAAUUUUAUUUACAGUUUUGAAAGAAGCCAUUUGUUAAGGAAAUGGAUAUUAAUUUUCAGUGUGCUGUUGUAAAAUAAUGUAUGAUUUGAUUUAGGAUUUUAUAGUAAUAAAGUCACAAAGACCUGUAAGUCUAAGUGAUAAAGUCGAAACUUUUGAAUGACAGAUCAUUAGUUUACUACAGCACAAGUAAAAUUGAUUUCUAUUUCAGUUCUAACAUGCCAAUAGAAAUAGAAUUUAUAAUGAUGUGUUGAACUUAAUUGAGCAAAGACGUAAUUUUCAUGAUGUCAUUUGGUUUAUUGACAUCACAUGGCAAAACAAACUUUACUUUCCUUAUUCUUUGCAUUAAUAUGUAAUAAUAUAGGCUGUUUCUCAAUCUGUUUGAUAAGGAAGUUGUGUGUAUCAUGUUAGAAUUUACAGUUAAUUUAAAGUUUUAAAUCUUUAUUUUAGAAAUUAUUAAAAGGAAAGAAACACAAUCAUGUUUUUCUCAUUUUGUGUUAUCUUUUGGAUCCUUUCCUGCUAAAAGAA